GCUAACACUUUAAAAUAUCUCCUCUGCAUCUCGUGUGUGAGUGAACUUUCAAGAAGAAAGAGCAGCACAUUAGAAAAAGGAAAAAGAAACCCAGAACUCUGUUUUGAAAGAUGGCAACUAACCCCGAUAUCGAGACCGAUAUCCCCCGCGACGUGUAUGGCUUCUUCCGCGAUCUCGGCCGCGCGGUCGAGCGCCGCGACGCGGGUGCGAUGCACGAACUCUACGAGGUUCAGUUCGACUCCCUGACAAAGAACUACUACAUUGUGGGUCAUGGCCAGUUCCGCUCCUGGCCCGCGCUUCGCCUCGAGCAGGUCUCCAGCUGCUUCCGCGGCAACAAGAUGGCCGAGCUCGUCUACAGCUUUCUCUUCUACAAGCACCUCUUCACCGGCAACAGCUCCAUCAAGCUGUCCGACGCGGAGGGCUCGUGGAAGAUGUACAGCGAGCUCUUCCCUCUGCUGAACUCGUACGAGCUGCCUAGCUGGAUGCUGUGGGACAUGUUCGACGAGUUCCUCUACCAGAUGACGGUGGUGUACCAGAAGGUGUUCACGUCGGAGGGCGUCUGGUCGAUGCCGGAGGUGACGCGGCUGCUCAACGACGUCGCUGACCGCUCGCACCUGCGCGAGACGAUGGAGCAGCCGGAGCGGCUGGAGGAGAUCCUCAAGGGUCAGAGCACCGGCGCACUUAGCGGCUUCUACGCAAUCGCCGCCAAGUCGAAGCUGGACGUGCUGCUCGGCGACUACUACUCCGCCCUCAAGGACCUGGAGCCGCUUGACGUGUACAACAGGGGCCGCGCCGUGCUGAAUCGUGUGCAGCCGGCGGCCGUGUCCAUCAACUAUCACAUCGGCUUCAGCUACCUGAUGAUUCACCGCUUCGAGGACGCCAGCAACGCCUUCCGCCGCUGCGUGCAGACGAAGCUGAACGGCCGCCGUUUCUCCGAGCGGGUUCAGCAGGACGCCGCGUACAUGUUCAUCUGCGCGCGCGUGCUGGGCGGCAUGCCGAUUACGAACAUGAGCUCUUACUUCGACCACCGCCGCCAAGCCACCUUCGAAGACGACCGCGAGAGCCUGCGCAGCGGCGACGAGGAGCGCUUCCGCGACGUAUUUGACCGCUGUAGCCCGAAGUUCCUCACGGUGCCGCCGUCCGACGGAUCCCCGGUGAAGGGCACGGAGGGCCGCGAGCUGCAGGCGCGCAUGUUCCGCCGUGCGGUGCAGCAGCAGCAGGAUAUCAUCAAGCUGCGCGGGUACUUCAAGGUGUACCAGAACACCAAGAUGAAGCUGCUGGAGACGCUGCUGGAGGUAGACGACGGCUUUGCGCCGCUGUUUGCGCUGAAGAUGCGCUCCCGACAGCUCGUGCACGAUGGCGAGGCGGCGAACCUCCUGACAGGCGAGUACCGCGUCAGCUCUGAGUUCGACUGCAUCGUGCAGGACGACAACGUCGAGGUGGUGCCGAGCAUGACCUUCGGCGGCACGGAACAGAAGUUCGUGAGCAAGAUCAAGAGCACCCAGCGCGACAUUGAGAUGGCGGAGCGCAAGUUCAACCAGGCCCGCAAGCGUGAGGAGGGCGGCAAGAAGACGAAGGACCAGCGCGAGCAGAAGCGCAAGCCGAACCUGCAGCAGGGCGGUGGUGCCCCCAACGCCGCCGGUGGUGACGCCCCGCGCCGCCGGCCCAACGUGAAGGUCGCGGCGCAGCCCAUGACGAGCAACCUCUUUAACCGUAACGACAACUGA